UUUACUCAUUAGACCCUCUUCGUUUAUGCUGCUUACUUUGCCUCCACCGUCGAUAUUCAAUGGAAAACCGCAAUGCGGCAUGCAUUUCCAGUAUUAAUUCGUACCGAUGAUGAUCUAUUUCUUUUCUGUAAAUAUGCCUCAUUAAUCGGCAAAGAUCUAAACCACAAAGGUUUUUCACGCACCGUACGCAAGGCUGUUACAGCCUGGUACGAAAUGCAGACACCAGAAGCUUUACGAACAAUGUGGUUAGCACAUCGUGGUUUACAUGGUUUCACCCAUAAGACAUUAAUUAAAUUGUGUCAUAUUCCCGAUCGAACUAUAGGCUCAGCAGAAGUGGUUACACCUUUCUUUAAAACAUGUACGGAAUUAAUCAAAGAAGCUGAGGCUUCAGCUGCAACUGAAGCAACAGUUGCAGUACCACCAGCAACUAGUAAUACUGGUUUGCAAGCCACAAAUGCUAAUGAGACAGAAAUGGUUACGGUUAAAACUGAAGUGCCAGAGCAGAAACCAUUAGUAAAAGCCAAUUCAACAGAGUCGGCCACGCCCACCUCAGUGGUUGUAGCGAUUUCAAAAUUACGCACCACCAAGAAAAAACAUGAAGCCAUUAAAAUUAUACGCAAAUUUAAACUGCCCUAUACACAAGUUCCUGGUCAUCUAUUGCGUCAUCCUGUUAUAAUGGAAGCGGUUUUGCCCACCAUGUCGUAUUUGCAAAUUCUAAAAUGUUGGCGUAAAAUGGCCCGUUUCAAUCAUUUCGAUAAUCCUAAGAUUUUGAAAAUCUGUCAAAAAAUGUUGGAAAAUAAAGAAUUUGCCAAGAAGUCCCGUGUUCAUCCGGUACAUUUGCUAAUGAGCCUGCGAGAUAUUGGUGUCAGUGAUUUAUCUAAAAUACCCACCAAGAGAGUAGAGGCAUUAAAAUUGGAAUAUUUGGAUAAACUCUAUAAAGAUUCAUUCCAUUGGAAUACCGAUGGCGGAAAUUUACGAAUGCAUAUAACGGUGAAUUUGCAAAGCAAUUAUAAGAAAAAAAUGCUUAAAAAUCACAAGCGUUUAAGUUAUUACGAUGCCUGUCUUGCUUUAUCCUUUGGCUAUUCGAAACGUGAAUCAAAGGUAGAUGUUUUCCACUGGUAUGAGGAUAAAAUGAAAUUGAAGAAGAUUUUAUUUGAGAAAACCUAUUCUACACAAUUGGGUUUUACUUCCUAUGACGUGGUUGAGAAUCAAAAGAAUAAUCAACGCUUAGUCACCCCUAUUUUGAAUGCUUUGUCCAGCGAACAAGUUUAUGAUGUUUUCUUGUGUAUUGUUCCAACGGCUGGCCGUGGUAAUCCUAAACAAAAUUCUGAUUUUCUAUGCAAGUUUUUGGACAAGUAUCGUGAAACUAAAAAUCCUAAUGCUAAAUUCAUUAUUCUGAAUUUAUUAAAACAUAAACGUUCCAUGAACUAUUCCGAAACACGUUCGGAAAAUAUUUUGGAAAUUUGUGGAUUAGAUGAACAUACUACCGAUAUUAUACACAAUUUUGCCAACAAUCGUUUUGAAUAAACAAAAUGAGAUAGAGAGAGAGAGAAGUUAGGAGAACGCCAUAAGAAAGGAGUUAAAAAAGGUAUUAAAAUAAAACGAUUAAUAAUUAAAAAAAACAAUUUUUCUUAAAAAAAAUAAGAAAACAUUUAAACAUAAUAAGAAAAUCAUACAUAAAUACAUAUUUAAUUAUUAAAGCAUAUUU